GCCACACGUGGACUUCACGUUGUGCAUUACUAUGGCAGACGCUUUCAGAUGUGCCCUGCCGAAAGAGUACUACAGGCAGUUUAUUGAAAGAGAUGUUAGGCCAGAUGGCCGAGAGCUUGGAGAAUUCAGACCAACAGUACUCAAUAUUGGAAGCAUAUCAACUGCUGAAGGCUCUGCUAUUGUCAAACUCGGCAACACCAGUGUCAUUUGUGGAGUGAAGGCAGAACUGGCUGAGCCAAAAGCUGAAACACCACAAGAAGGCUACUUGGUUCCAAAUGUAGAACUAUCUGCAUUGUGCUCAUCUCAGUUCCGCCCAGGACCACCAGGAGAGCAAGCUCAGGUGCUUAGCCAGCUGAUGGUCAAUAUUAUCAAAAAUUUUCAUUCUGUGCCAUUGGAGGAUCUGUGUGUUGUUGCAGGGAAGCUGGUUUGGGUAUUGUAUAUAGAUCUCAUAUGUCUGGACUAUGGAGGCAACCUCAUUGAUGCCUGUGUUCUUGCCCUCACAGCAGCAUUGAAAAACACUGCCUUGCCUAGCAUAUCUGUUGAGGAGGAGACGCAAAAGAUUAAUGCUGACAUCACCAAACACAACAUGCUUCAGCUUGCAUGUACCCCUAUAUCUGCAUCAUUUGCAAUCUUUGAUAACACCAUAUUAUUGGUUGACCCUACAUCAGAGGAGGAAGCUUUAAGUACAGGAACAGUAACUGUGGUUACUGAUGGGGAGAAGAUAUUUGAAAUGGACAAGAGUGGUGGAAGCCAAAUCACUAGUGAACAAAGGCAAAUGUGCUUUCGACGUGCUUUCCAGAGACACAGGGAAGGUAUUAAGUUGAUUGAGGACACAAUGAGUUCUGUUGAUAGAUGAUGUUAAAUUCUAAGAGAUUAAUUAAGUGAAUGUUUUCUUGGUGGUACAUGCAAGAGUAAAGGAAGAAAAAUCAAGCAGCUUUUUAUUCCUGGCAUUAUGGAACUAAAACUGGUCUUGGACUUAAAAAAAAAUGAAAUCCUGCACUCAGUAAAAUGUUAUUGUACAUAUUAAUUUUGGAUAUAAAGCAGUUUCUUCUCUUGUCCACAUAAAUUUUUUUUUAUAAUGGGAAGUGAGGCAAAAUAUGGAAGUACAAGUUUGUAAAACAAUUUUUUUUUUUAAAGAUGGAGUGAAAAAAGAGUACCUUACAAGCAUGGAUUGCUUCACAUUAAAAUGUGUUUUGUAAAGGUUGGGGAUGCUCCAUUUGCUGAUCCUUGUCAGUGUCAUUCUUGUUCUGGAUCGUUACUACCCCUGAACAUUUGAAUGCAUUGUCUAGCUGUAUCGAUGAUUCCAGCCCUGAUUCAUCCCACAAUGCUGCAUCUGUGGGUGUGGUUUUAAGACUGCAUUUGCUACUUGUAUGGCAUUGGUCUUAAACUUCUGGGGCGAUCCUAGCUGAGUCUGCUGAAGCCGACAUAUUGGCAUUGAUAAUAUAUUAGUAUUUAAUUGCCCUACCAUUGUAUUUUUCGUAUACUUUCAAUGUUGCAUGCAUUUUGUUUUCUUUACUUGUUUAGUUCUUUGAUUUCAAACUGAGGUGGUAGAUAUCCACUUAUGCAUCUUCCAAGCUGGUUUAUAUGACAUUAUGAGCAGUAAGAUGGCUUUGUGAUCGCUUCAUUAAACUCUAUUACAGCAUA